GAGAGCGUAAUGCGCCUGCUCAGCAGUUUACACCGAUUGACAGAAGACAAAUCCAAGCAUCAGCGAGCGACGUGACACGGAGCUCCAUAUGCAAUAUUGUGACAAAAAAAAUAUGAAAGAAAUGGUGAUUAUCUUGAGCUACUGUAGAUAAAACCUCGAGUGAAUAAGAUUUCUAUUGAAGAAGCUAACCAAGGGUUGCCGUUUUGAAGACCGUGAUAUUUUCAUUCGUGGAAAUGGAAUUGGUAUGAGUUUUUGAGUGCAGUAUUUGUAAGCAGACGGAGUGCAGAGAAGAGUGAAUUCAAGCAACAGUAGAGCUGGAAUGUCCUGAGUCAGUCCCCCGGUCCAGAGAACAACUCCCAGCAUCAGCCAGUGCUGAUGGGACCUGCUUCUCCACGAUGAGUCUUCAAGAUGGCGGCUGCGGCUAUGCUAGCGACAAUUUGGCGGCUAACACGGCCAGCGGCAGCAUGCGGCGGCGCCUGGAGGACCAGGAGUUCACCCUGCGUGUCUACCCGGGCUCCCUGGCCGAGGGCACCAUCUACUGCCCCGUGAGCGCCCGCAAGAGCACCACUGCUGCCGAGGCCAUCGAGCGCCUGCUGGAGCGUCUGAGCCUGGACCGUACCAAAUGCUACGUGCUAGCCGAGGUGAAGGAGUUCGGCGGGGAGGAGUGGAUCCUCAACCCCAGUGACUGCCCAGUCCAGCGGAUGAUGCUGUGGCCCCGCAACGCCCUAGAGAAUCGCUGUGGCCUGGGCAGUGGGGAGGACUACCGCUUCCUUCUCCGAGAGAAGAACCUGGACGGCUCCAUCCAUUAUGGAGGCAGUCUCCAGAUGUGGCUCCGCGUGACAGAGGAGCGCCGCCGCAUGGUGGAACGGGGUUUUCUGCCCCAGCCCGCAGGGGGCGAGCACCCGGCCGACCUGUGCGCUCUCCCUGAGCUGACGGAGCACGCCCUGCUGGAGAGCCUCCGCUCGCGUUUCCGGCAGGAGAAGAUCUACACCUACGUCGGCUCCAUCCUCAUCGUCAUCAACCCCUUCCAGUUCCUACCCAUCUACAACCCUAAGUACGUCAAGAUGUACGACAACCACGCUCUGGGAGACCUGGAGCCGCAUAUCUACGCCGUGGCGGAUGUGGCCUAUCACGCCAUGCUACAGCGGCGGAGGAACCAGUGUAUCGUCAUCUCUGGAGAGAGCGGCUCGGGAAAGACCCAGAGCACCAACUUCCUGAUUCAUCACCUGACCGCCCUCAGCCAGAAGGGAUUCGCCAGUGGGGUGGAGCAGAUCAUCCUGGGGGCGGGGCCUGUGUUAGAGGCAUUCGGGAACGCCAAGACGGCUCACAACGACAACUCCAGCCGUUUUGGGAAGUUCAUCCAGGUCAACUACCAGGAGAGUGGCACCGUCCGAGGAGCGUAUGUGGAGAAGUACCUACUGGAGAAGUCACGCCUGGUCUACCAGGAGCACAAUGAAAGGAACUACCAUGUGUUCUACUACCUUUUGGCUGGAGCCACUGAGGAGGAGAGGAAGGCCUUCCACCUGCUCAAACCGGAGGAUUACCACUACCUCAACCAGCAGGACUGCUUAACAGUGGAAGGGGAGGACCUGAAGCACGACUUUGAGAGACUGCAACUGGCCAUGGACAUGGUGGGGUUCCUGCCUGCCACACGCAAACAGAUCUUCUCUCUGCUGUCUGCUAUCCUCUACCUGGGCAACAUCCUCUACAAGAAGAAGACCUACAGAGAUGACUCCAUAGACAUCUGUAACCCAGAUGUGCUGCCUACCAUCUCAGAGCUGCUCCAGGUGAAGGAGGAGAUGCUGUUCGAGGCUCUGACCACCAGGAAGACGGUGACUGUGGGAGAGAGGCUGAUCGUUCCGUACAAACUGGCCGAGGCUGGUACCGUUCGGGACUCCAUGGCCAAAUCCCUGUACAGCGCCCUGUUUGACUGGAUCGUGUUCAGGACCAACCAUGCUCUGCUCAACAACAAAGACCUGGAGCACAGUGCCAAGAUUCUUUCAAUUGGAGUGCUGGACAUCUUUGGCUUUGAAGACUACGAGAACAACAGCUUUGAGCAGUUCUGUAUCAACUUGGCCAACGAAAGACUCCAUCACUACUUCAACCAGCACCUCUUCAAGCUCGAACAGGAGGAGUACAGGGCCGAGAGCAUCAGCUGGCACAACAUCGACUACAUCGACAACACAGGCUGCAUCAACCUCAUCAGCAAGAAGCCCACCGCGCUGCUCCACCUGCUGGACGAAGAGUGCAAUUUCCCCCAGGCCUCGAACCAGACCCUGCUGGACAAGUUCAAGCGGCAGCAUGAGGGGAACAGCUACAUCGAGUUCCCCGCCGUCAUGGAGCCCGCCUUCAUUAUCUGCCACUACGCCGGCAAAGUCAAGUACGGCAUCAAAGACUUCAGGGAGAAGAACACUGAUCACAUGCGUCCGGACAUCGUGGCCCUGUUGAAGAGCAGUAAGAACGCCUUCAUCUGUGGCCUGAUGGGCAUCGACCCGGUGGCCACCUUCCGCUGGGCCGUCCUCAGAACCUAUUUCAGAGCCAUGGUAGCCUUCAGGGAGGCUGGGAAGAGACACGCCGACAAGAAGACUGUGAAUGAUGCUGCUGUACCGUGUGUUGUCAAGAGCGUGGACAGCUUCAGCUUCCUCCACCACCCUGUGCACCAGAGGAGCCUUGAGAUCCUGCAGAGAUGCAAAGAUGAGAAAUACAAUAUCACUCGAAAGAAUCCCCGGACGCCCUUGUCAGACCUCCAGGGCAGCAACACACUGAAGGAAAAGCCCACCAGGGAUGGUUAUGGCGUGGGCUGUAACGGGCGCCGGUCCAGACAGGGUGGUCUGUCCUCCUCUGGCUCAGAGUUUGCUGACGGCAUCUUCUUCAACUCUACUGGCAGCAAGCUGCUGGAGAGGGCACAGAGCAUCCUCAUGCGGAACAAAAACUACAAGUCCAAGCCCAGCUUACCGAAGCACCUGUUGGACGUGAAGUCUCUGAGGUACCUGAGCAGCGUGACCCUCCACGACCGCAUCACUAAGUCCCUCCUCCUCCUGCACAAGAAGAAGAAAACACCCAGCAUCAGCGCCCAGUUCCAGGCCUCUCUCAACAAGCUGAUGGAGACCCUGGGUCAGUCGGAGCCCUACUUUGUCAAGUGUGUCCGCUCCAAUGCAGAGAAGCUCCCCCUGCGUUUCAAUGAUGCCCUUGUGCUCAGGCAGCUGAGGUACACAGGCAUGCUGGAGACCGUCCGCAUCCGCCAAUCAGGAUACGCCAUCAAAUACACCUUCCAGGACUUUGUGCGUCACUUUCGUGUGCUCUUACCAGACAUCACUAGACCAACCAAGUCUGGCAUCAGGGAGUUCUUUCGUCAAGUUCAUCUAGCACCCGCUGGGUAUCAAGUGGGCAACACAAUGGUGUUCCUGCGGGAUGCGGAGCGUCAGCGGCUGCAGGCUCUGCUCCACAAGGAGGUGUUAGGAUGCAUCGUAACGCUGCAGCGCCGCUUCCGAGCCCGGCUGGAGAGGAAACACUUCAUCAACAUGAGACAGGCCGCUGAUGUCAUCCAGCGAUGGUGGAGGGGCUGCCUGCUCAGACAGUUGGAGGCAGCAGCGGACCCAGCCGUCCAGGAGGAGGCAGCAGCGGACCCAGCCUUCCAGGAGGAGGCAGCAGUGGACCCAGCCGUCCAGGAGGAGGCAGCAGUGGACCCAGCCGUCCAGGAGGAGGCAGCAGUGGACCCAGCCGUCCAGGAGGCGGCAGCAGUGGACGCAGCCGUCCAGGAGGAGGCAGCAGAGAACCCAGCCGUCCAGGAGGAGGCAGCAGAGGACCCAGCCGUCCAGGAGGAGGCAGCAGAGGACCCAGCCGUCCAGGAGGAGGCAGCAGAGGACCCAGCCGUCCAGGAGGAGGCAGCAGAGGACCCAGCCGUCCAGGAGGAGGCAGCAGAGGACCCAGCCGUCCAGGAGGAGGCAGCAGAGGACCUAGCCGUCCAGGAGGAGGCAGCAGUGGACCCAGCUGUCCAGGAGGAGGCAGCAGUGGACCCAGCCGUCCAGGAGGAGGCAGCAGUGUGCCUGCAGGCAUCGUGGAGGGGCUACAGGCAGUGCAGGCAGUUCCUGCAGUGGCGGGACUCUGCCCUGAUAAUACAGAGGCGCUGGAGAAACUGCAUCCAGCACAGGGCUCUGGCGGCCAUUACGGUGCAGACAGCCUGGCGUGUCUACAGAGAGAGAGCCCACGACCGUAGCACACGUGGUGCACUUAUGCUGCUACAGGCAGCCUGCAGGGGCUACAUGGCACGCUUGAGGUUCACAGAACUAAAAGAGCAGAGUCAGCAGGAAAAGCAGUUGCUCAAUGGACAAAGUAGCUCCACCACAGAAGAAGAGAAGACAGAUAGGACCAUGGGCCUGGAUACGGACAUCUCGGAGGACCAUGUCGUCGAGAUCACCCACCAUCAUGUCAUCCAAGAUGUCUCCACGGUCUGGCCUACUGAAGACUCUAAUGAAUCUAGGUGGAAGUGUUUGUUGGAAGAGGAAGAGGAUAGAGAGAGCGAGAGAAGACCGUGUAUAGACGAGUCCAGCAGACAGAGUAUAGAGCCCAGCAGCCACAAGACACGGGCCAAGAGACAGAAUCGGCGUAUGAGGGAGCUGGAGCAGACCCAGUUCAGCCUGGAGCUACUCAAGGUGCGGACCCACAGAACAGGAGGGACUCUGCCAGAAGAGGAGACCCAUGUACCCCCGUGUCCGGACAGCAUCUCCUAUCCCCUUGACGACCACCAACACCACCGGCCCUCCUCCCCUGGUAGCCACGGGAGCACCUCCAUAGACGUCGAGGUGGAGGCAGGAGGUUACCCCGGUUACCAUGUUAACCAGUCAGCGCCGCUCCGGACUUCUUCCCAAGAGGAUUCGGUGGUAAAACAGAAUGAUCUGAGCCCCGGGACAGAGGAGCUACCGCCCAUGCUACUGCCCCCUAUCAAGGAGGUGGUAAAACAGAAUGAUCUGAGCCCCGGGACAGAGGAGCUACUGCCCCCUAUCAAGGAGGUGGUAAAACAGAAUGAUCUGAGCCCCGGGACAGAGGAGCUACUGCCCCCUAUCAAGGAGGUGGUAAAACAGAAUGAUCUGAGCCCCAGGACAGAGGAGCUACUGCCCCCUAUCAAGGAGGUGGUAAAACAGAAUGAUCUGAGCCCCAGGACAGAGGAGCUACUGCCCCCUAUCAAGGAGGUGGUGACGGAGGCUACACAAUCCACCGUCUACAUCCCCCCUGAGGACCACAGCAGUGAGCCCAAGCCUAAGCAACAGAGCCCCAACAAGCGUGUGAAGGAGAGGAGAGAGUCCUCCUCUCGAGGGCCCGUGGUGGUGGUCAUCAGUAUGCAGAAGGAGACCCAGCUGGACGAAGAGGAACUGCGGGCGGCAAAAGCCCAGGAGAGUGCACUCCAGAUGGGUGUAACCCCUGCAACAUUCUCCCCUACACCCAUCGCUGGCCUGGAAGUAUCAGAGAAGGCCCAGCCGCCUAGGACUGUUACCAAACCUCCGAGAGACUUAGCUGGGGUCGACAUGUCUAGCUUUGUGCACUCCUCCAACUCCAGCCAUGGCCUUUGUCCUUCCGAGGUAGAUAUCCAGAUAGUUCUGGAGCCCAAGGCCCCCGCUGGUGAAGUCCCUCCCAGCCAGCAGGAGAGGAAGGCAGGCAGGCCAGCGCAGGACAACUGGGUCUCCACCGACAGGAUCCUGGAGAGCAGGGAAGCAGCCUUGGCAUCACAGAAGAAGACUCCGACCAAGAACAUCAUUGUCAAUAUGACUGAGAAGCCACCCUCCAGCGUCACGUUCUCACCCCGACGCAAGCUCCCCUUCUCCAAGUCUGAUAAGGACCUGGUGAACAAGGAGUGGUCGUUGGUCUCUGUCUCUAGAGCCACCACUGGACAGACCGCCAGAGAGGCUGCUCACAAGGAAGUGCAGAAGAGCAUCCACAAGACCAUGUCUUCAGGAGACCUGGGAAAGGUAGCAGUGCUUAGGAAGACAUCCAGUCAGGAUGGAAGCAGAGUACGAGGGAAGUUACGGUUCUGGGGCAAGACCAAGCAUGCAGAGAAGAAGCUGUCUAGAGACAAGCAGCAGUCCACACAGAGAGACGGCACUGACAAGAUAGACGGAACAACGUCUCCCCCCCACAGUCCCAACCUGAUGGGGACUAGGGGACGGGAGACCAAGGAGAACAAGGAGCCCUCUCCCAAAGUGAGGCGGAGGCGCAGCGUCAAGAUCAGCAGCGUGGUCCUAGAGCCCGCCCAGUGGGGGAACGACGCGCUACACAUCCUCACCAGCACCCACGACUACAGGAGCAUGAACGACUUUCUCAUGAAGAAGAUCAGUGACCUGGACUCGGAGGACUGUCAGAAGGACACCUUGGUGGACGUGGUCUUCAAGAAAGCUCUGAAGGAGUUCCGCCUCAACAUCUUCAACUCCUACUCCACCGCCCUGGCUAUGGAUGACGGUAAGAGUAUCCGUUAUAAGGACCUGUACGCCCUGUUUGAACACAUCCUGGAGAAGAACAUGCGGCUGGAACAGAGGGACUGGAGCGAGUCGCCCGUCAAGGUCUGGGUCAACACCUUCAAGGUCUUCCUGGAUGAGUUCAUGACUGAGUACAAGCCCAUGGACGGCACCAUAAUCAAGGCCUCCAAACCAGAACGUAAGAAGAGAAGGAAAAAGGAAUCUGACAUUGUUGAGGAGCACAACGGCCACAUCUUCAAGUCCACCCAGUACAGCAUCCCCACCUACUGUGAAUACUGCUCCUCUCUCAUCUGGAUGAUGGACAGGGCCUGCGUCUGCAAACUGUGUCGGUACGCCUGCCAUAGAAAGUGCUGCUCCAGGAUGACCACCAAAUGUAGCAAAAAGUACGACCUGGAGCUGUCGUCCAGACAGUUUGGCGUGGAGGUGUCUCGUCUGACCAGCGAGGAGAGGACCGUGCCUCUGGUGGUGGAGAAGCUCAUCAACUACAUCGAGAUGCACGGCCUCUACACGGAGGGCAUCUUCAGGAAGUCUGGCUCCACCAAUAAGAUCAAAGAGCUGCGGCAGGGGCUGGACACAGAUGUGAGCAGCAUGAACCUGGACGACUACAACAUCCACGUCAUCGCCGGCGUGCUCAAACAAUGGCUCCGUGACCUGCCCAACCCUCUGAUGACCUUUGAACUGUACGAGGAGUUCCUCCGGGCAAUGGGCCAGCCAGACCAGAAGGAGGUAAUCCGAGGGGUGUACUCUGUGAUCGACCUGCUCAGCAGAACCCACCUGAGUACACUGGAGCGCCUCAUCUUCCACCUGGUCAGGAUCGCCCUUCAGGAAGACACCAACCGUAUGUCGGCCAAUGCCCUAGCCAUCGUGUUCGCCCCCUGCAUCCUCCGCUGCCCCGACACCAUCGACCCCCUGCAGAGUGUCCAGGACAUCGGCAAGACCACCGCGUGUGUGGAGCUGAUCAUCGGAGAACAGAUGAAUAAGUACAGGGCCAGACUGAAGGACAUCAACAGUCUGGAGUUUGCUGAGAACAAGGCCAAGAGCAGACUGACACACAUCAGGAAGUCCAUGGGCAAAAGUCGUCUGCGGAGGGGUAGCAGCCACCACACGCCCUCCCCGCCCCUCAGCCCCAGAGUGCUCCCGGUGGUGGAUGGGGAGAGUGCAGAGGAGGAGAGGGCAGAGCCAGGGCUGACAGAACAGCAGCAGGCCACCAUGCAGCAGGAAGAGAGGGUCCUCACGGAGCAGAUUGAGGGCCUGCAGAGAGAGAAGGAGGAGUUAACGUAUGAGAUGUUGAUCUUGGAGCCGCGGGCGUCUGAUGACGAGACUCUGGAGUCGGAAGCCUCGAUAGGAACAGCAGACAGCUCUGAGAAACUCAACAUGGACCCUGAAGGAGCCGCCUUCAACCCCUCUGGCACCUAUCACUCCCGGAAGUCUGAAGCCAAGAGCCGCCGCUGCCUCCGGAGACAACCCGACUCGGUCGACUCCACCUCCUCCUCCUCCUCCUCCAUUAUACCUCAAUCCCCCAACUACCGCUUCCGCUCCUCCUCCUCCGGCCCCCUACUCUCCUCCUGCUCCUUGGGCCUAGGAGCCCCUUUAGUGGAAUCCGAGGGGGGCCCGAGUGGCACUGUGGGGGUGAAGAGUCGCCACCGGCUCAGGUUGAGUAGAAGCUCGCCGCGCGAGGCCCCUGAGGGCCACAGGAGGGAGUCAGACUUCAGCUCACUGCCCCAACAGCUGGUUCUGUAUGGCAGUAACGAGUUUAUGGUAUGAGGGAGAGUUGCAGAGGAGACAAGACAUCCGAACUGCCUUCCAUCCUCCAUACCAAUAGUGUGUAUUUGGGGAAAGAGGGAGGGAGGAAGUGAAACAGGGCUGGAAUGGGUCAUGUGGGCAUCCAUCUCUCACUGCUGUCCUUCUCUAGCUCUGCCCAUCUCUAUCCUCCUUCUCAGUGCCCGGAGGAACGCCACCCUUCCCAUGAUGCAGUUGGGUGCCGUCCUCUCUGCGGGAGAAGUGAAAGGUGAUGGAGAAACAAAAAGAGAGAUGGAAUGAUGAAUGGAUAAAAGAAGGAGGAAGCCUCAGAACUGAGAUGGAGGACUGGCAGGAGGCUGUAAAGGAAUCAAACAGCGACUAAACGCCAGAAAGCAAGUGAGUGAGGAAAGGAUGAGGGUAGCCUCCUUAACUCACCUGACCUUUGACUUCCAUGCCCCUCGACCCCUGCUGGAGCCUCGGGGGGGGGGGGGGGGGGGGGGCACUGGGGGGCUGGAGAUAAGAAAAGAGAGAAGCAAGUAGACAGCACCUUCUUUUGAACGCAGGUCUACGGUGGCUUGAGCCAGAGUCACUGACUGAGAGGACUAUUGGCCAUUUUGAUACGAGCCACUCAGCUACUCUCCGGCCAUUUUGAUACAAGCUACUCAGCUACUCUUCGAGUCUUUUUGAUACAAGCUACUCAGCUACUCUCCGGCCAUUUUGAUACAAGCCGUUCAGCUACUCUCCGGGCCAUUUUGAUACGAGCCACUCAGCUACUCUCCGGCCAUUUUGAUACAAGCUACUCAGCUACUCUCCGGCCAUUUUGAUACAAGCCGUUCAGCUACUCUCCGGGCCAUUUUGAUACAAGCCGUUCAGCUACUCUCCGGGCCAUUUUGAUACAAGCCGUUCAGCUACUUUCACGUCCGCUUACACGUUUACACAAUACAACCUGUCCAUGAGGCCGCAUGCUCCUUCAUUACACGUGUUUCCUAUGCCAGUUAAAGAGACUAUGGCGAUGAUGUGUUAUAAAUAUGUAUUAUGUGACUUAAUUGUUAUGUUAU